AUGACGGCCGUCGGAUCGUUCACGAUGCUCAUCGACAGCGGGCACGCGUUCGGGUCCAAGCCCCCGUCGGUGGGCGACGAUCCGGGUCUCGCGCUCAUUCUGCCCAUCGCCGCUGGGCUGCUCUGCGGCUUCGGAUCGCAGGUACAACUUCAACUUGUCGGUUCAACCCGCCGCUUUGGGCAGCAGGUGCACGUCCGGCCAUGGCGUCUCGGCAGCGGGUGCACGUCUGGCCACGGCGUGUGCGGCUUGCCGCGCUUCUCCCUGCGCAGCGCAGUAGCUGUCGCCACCUUUAUGGCUACAGGCGCCGCUACAUCCAUGACCCUCGGCGCCAUCGCCACCGGCGCUACAGCCGCGAACCGUCCCCCUGGCGAGCCCAUCCCAGCGACCAACACGUGGCUGCUCGUGCUGGCGGUUUGUGCUGCAGCCGUGGGAGCUAUUAUCGCGUACAGAUGCCCGUUCUGUAACGAGUGUCUUGACACUGGUGCUGCUGCUGGUGCUACUGGUGGGGCUGCUGGGGAGUCUGCAUCGCUUUCCAAGGAUGCUGGCAAGCUGGCCUGCUCCAGUGGGGCCUGCUCCCUCUCCUCGUCCGCGCCUGCCUCCUCCUCAGCACCCUCCUCCUGCUGUUUUGUACUGCUCCACCCCAUCAACGUGCUGCGAGCGUCGCUUGUCACGGGAGCCAUCUUCGGCAUCGGACUCGCACUCAGCGGCAUGUGCAAUCCAUACAAGGUAAAGGACUUUCUAGACCCAGUGCACGGGUGGGACCCCAGCCUCGCCUUUGUGAUGGGCGGUGCAGUGGCAGUCAACGUCGUCACCUUCCGCUUCAUCCUCGCGCGCCCCAACCCGCUCUUUGACACCAAGUUCUUCGUCCCCUCCCGCAACAACAUCACCUGGGAGCUUGUGGAUCCCUUUGUUUCCCUCUCCUUGUCUCCCUUAGCCAGAGGGCACCUGCAAGCCUAA